AUGCUGAAUUGUGACAAGAACAUCUUUGUCCUGUUUCGCAACGGCGACAAAAGCGGACUAUCCAUCAAGGCGCCGUUGUGCCAAGGGAUCAAUGACACUAGAAUCUGCACGAAUCGAUAUGGAAGCACAACGGCGCCACCUCCAACCGUGGCCACGACAAGUCCUGAUCUAUUGUCGAGCGGAAUCAUCAUUAUCGGCAUUGUGGCUGGUGCCGCUGUCAUCUUGUUGCUACUGAUCAUCGGCAUCGAGCCUCGGUUCUUUUUCACGACGGUCGACUACAAUGCUGCGACGGCCAAGGAUCCGAGGGUCGUGGCGCUCGAGAUCACGAAAAAGUUCGGCGGCGAGGGCUGGCUAUCCGAAGGCGACAAACUCCCGUCCUACGCCCCGCACCCAGAUGAUCUUCGCAGUUUAUGCGUCAAUCUGACGCCGAUCGUGACCGCUGAACGAGGUGUGGCGCGUCCAAAGGGAAAGACCCUUGUCGUUGGCGACAUCCAUGGCAAUUUCAACGAGCUCUGGCGUAUCAUCCACGCGUGGCGUUCGGAUGUUACUGGUGGAGGGCCCGAUCAAAGUAUCGUAUUCCUCGGCAACAUCAUCAGUGGUGCCCCUCGGGCGCUUGAAUGCUUCACGAUGAUUCUGGCAUACAAGGUGCUCUUCCCCGAUCAGGUGUUCCUGAUUCGUGGAAACCACGAAGACCUGGAUUACAUCCGACCCUUUGGAGAACGCGUGGCGAAUCGCUACUACGCACGGGAAGUGUUCGAUAUGCUGCACCAUUUCUUCAAAAUUCUGCCGUCGGCGGGUCUGAUUGACGAGCGGAUUCUCUGUAUGCACGGCUUGAUGUCACUUGACCUGACGCCGGAACUUCUGCGCGAGGGGUGGGAAGUGUCAGAGAAGCCGACUCCCUACGAUGAUAUGACCAAGCACCUUCGAUGGAAUGAACCGGCAAAAGAUGUCGACGGUUACGCACCCAACCCGUAUCGCGAUUUCGGACAGCAAUGCGGCGUUAAAGCGAUCGAAGAGGCUAUGGAGAGCUUCAACGUUCAAUUCAUCAUCAGAGGCCAACAGAUGAUGCCGAACGGAGUGCAAUCGUUCGACAGGCUCCGGCUGGUCACCGUCUUCUCAUCGUCUUUCUACGGCGGAAAUAAGAAUCUGGGUGCUAUCCUGUACGUCGACCCCGAGAAGAAUGCCAUCAAACCAAUCUUCAUCCUUAACAUCAAUGACGACAUCUCGACGCAGGAGGAAUUAGACCGAAAGCUUGAUGCAGGAUGGGCGAUCGAUGGCUAUGCAGUCCCGCCGCCGAAAAAGGACGCGAAUGACAAGAAAAGCAGC